CUCAAACUUCAAUCAGCAUACGGAAUUCAAUCAGCGUAGCCUAUCAAUGAUUUGAAAAUUCAUCUUCGCAGCACAGACCAGAAUCAAGCACAGUUAGUGUCUUCGCCGCGCCGGAGAAGUGCAAAAUAAAUGGCGGAGGAGGAUGGUAAGAAUCCGAACGGAGAGGUGGUCGUGGACGGCGGCGGGGACAGCGAGGACUUGACGCUCUGGACUAUCUUCAACCGUUUUGUAGCUGCUGUGUUGUUCCCCGGUCCGGAUUGGAACGAUCCUCUCUUGACGAGGAUCAGAUCGACGAUAUCUGUGAAUGUUCCUCUGCUUCGUGAGGCGUCGAAGAACACCGUCCGGCGUGUUAUCGACUGGACUCGCCGCGGCAGUCCUUUCCGCGCUCUUUUCGUUGUCUGCGUUGGGUUGAUUGGCCUUCUUGUCUUGACCGGGUUGUCGGUCUUCAUGCUUUUCUUUAUUGUCGCAACUUUCAACGCUAUUGUCAUUUCACUUCUCGUGUCUCUAGCAGCAGCAGGCGGAUUCCUUGCCCUAUUUUUCACCUUUGCUGCAGCCAUAUAUAUUGGAGCAUUGUCCAUUGCCGUUGUUGCGAUUUCAACCGCGACAAUCUCUGCAGCCUUUGCUGUCUUUAUAGCCACUGGUUGGAUUGGAUUCUUUUUCACGAUGUGGCUAGCAGUGGCGAAAAGCAUAGGCCUGGCCAAACGCACGUUCUCUGUAACGGGUUCUGCCGUGUCUGCUUACUCCACUGCUUGGCAAGCUCGGCACCAAAGCCCGGCUAAAAAAUCCGACUGACUUAUUAGGCUAGGGGCAAUGUGGCGGGCGCUCGCUUGCUAGCUCGGGAUUGUACUAAUAAUGAAAUCUGCUACUGUAAGUAUCGACUGAGCGUUGUGUGUGUAUAUAUAUAUAUAUAUCGAUGAUCCAUAUCGUUGUGUGUCGCCGCGCCGACCGGCCGGAGCUGUACAAUGUGGUCGGGAGUUUAGGGGUUCAAUGUUGACUAAGCCUGAGUUUGAGUUUGAAUCGUGUACUGAAUUUAUUUUGAGUUUGCGGAGUGGUAGAAAAUCUGCUCAAGUAUUAUGGUAAUAAUGCUCAGCAGUGCAAAAUGGGAAUUUGAGUUUGAGUUUUA